GAUUACAAGAAGAACAAUACAUUUAUUUGUUGAAUCGGAUGAAUGGAAUCCUAUUUUUAUAUAAGUUUUACUUUUACAUAAUUUUGUUUUAAGAGAAAUCAUGGACACGUAUGAGAGCAUUUUGUUGGUAAAAAACGAAGUGUUUGUUUUCAAAAUACCACCAAGAACCACCAACAGAGGAUACAGGGCGGCCGAUUGGAAUCUCGCUGAACCAACUUGGACAGGCCGCUUGAGGAUUGUCAGUGUGGGUGAUGCAUGCACUCUUAAACUCGAAGACCGCAACAAUGGCGAACUGUUUGCUAAAUGUCCCAUUGAACAGUACCCAGGUGUGGCUCUUGAGUCUGUAUCUGAUUCGUCUAGAUACUUUGUAGUACGCAUACAAGAUGAAAAUGGUCGUGCUGCAUUUAUUGGUCUUGGAUUUGGAGAUCGUUCUGAUAGUUUUGAUUUGAAUGUUGCCUUACAAGAUCAUUUUAAAAGAAUUAAAGUCUGUGAAGAAAUUGCUAAGGAAAAGAAUGAACCCAAACAAGAAUUGGAUCUGAAAUUCAAAGAAGGCGAAACAAUUAAAAUCAAUAUGAAAAUUACUAAAAAAGAUGGCAGUGAAGGAGUGCCUAAUAAGCAAGCUGCUAAACCACGACCGACAAUUUCGGGCAGUGGAGGACUGUUGCCGCCACCUCCAGGCUCAUCCGGUUUAAAAACCAUUCCAGCACCGCCAUCUCAAACUUCAUCUCCAUCGCAUCAAUCUACAAAUCCAAAUAAUUGGGGUGAAUUUACUUCUGCAAAUAAUACUUCUCAACCAGGUGGAAAUUCUAAUCCUAAUUGGGUGCAAUUUUAAAACCAACAUAUUAUGCCAGGUAACCAAAUAUUGGAGUUUAUUAUUAUUAUUAUUAUUAUUAAUAUUAUACUAAACAUUUUUGUUAUAUUAUAAUUUAUUUAUUAUUAUAUUCGUUCUAAAUAUUCAAAAAUAUUG